AUGAACGCUCUCCGCAUGUCAAACAAUCAACCACCUUCCAAGAAGGCAAUGGCCCACCAUCGUCGCAGAGCUGCUCGAAAGGCCGCUAAGCUCACCAAAGAGUCACCAGUUGGGCGUGCCAAUGCACAGAGCUCGCAAGAGAAGGCUAGGCGGAACAAUGAUGACACCAAGCUCAAUAUGAAUGGUGACUCAGUUGAUAAGUCAGGGGAAGACACAGCUCCAUCAGCUAAGGCCCCAAAGGUUGUUGCUCCGGAAGUUUCGCAAUCUACGGCAUAUUCUGCUCGAGAAGAGCCUAUCAGCAUUUCAACUACGACCGCGGACGCCAAUCAGACUCGAAAGCGUAGCAACAACUCCCAUAUUAAGACUAAUGUGUUUAACGAAAGCUCUUCGCACUCUUCUUCGGCUAUGGCUAGCAAGACCAUCACACCAAUGUCCUCCAAGUCCUGGGCCUCAGUGUGUUCGUCGCCGAUCGUUCCUAGUGCGUUUGUAUCUGAACCUCUCCAAGUAAACACGAAGCUGGUCGACAGUGUGACUCCAGUCCAGCAGUCAUCAGUUUCUGCCGAAGUUGGGAAGGUCGCCAGGUCGGCCGUCUGCCCUCCUACCAUCACUGAGCUGAAUGACUUCAUCUACCAUCCUAGCACCGAGAGAGAUAUCGCGCCGCUCGACAACCUCUAUGUGAUGAUACGUCAGCAGCGCCUGAAACCCCUCAGUGGCCCUUUAAUCACGAUAUAUAUCGGCGACAUCGAGUUGACUGGCAUCUUCAAGCGGCUCGCGAUGGCUUGCUGUUCGGUGUUGAGCAAAUACUUCGCCGAAUUCCCCGAGUCGCUUGAGUACCGUUUCGCGCCUGAUUCCAUAGCCCCUGCUGCCGUUGCCUAUCUUCUUACUAAAUGGGCAAAAGACAUGAGUCAGAACUUCGAGACCUAUGCAGUUCAUAUGCAGGGUUCGUUUGCCAAAGAUGUCGCCCUGUUGCGGGCUUCUCGCCUAUUGGGUAUGGAGCCGUACACUAAGCACAUGCUUAGCACCUAUACUCACUAUCUGAAAGACAGCCUCCCGAGCUACCAGGAGAUCGAAAUUGUGGAGUUAAACGCUACAAGCGAAAAGGACCCUUUGUGGACGCACAUGGUUAACCACCUGUGCCACGAUCGUCACAAGAAGCUGAUCCCCGAUCCCGAGAACUUCGCACACUUUCUGGAGGAGCAUCCGCGUCUUAAGGAGGCUAUGAAAAAGGCUGAUGUCUACUUCGCCGGCGUAGCCAAGAAGAACUGGGAGGAGAGGAAAUCUGAAUGGGAGGCUUACGAAGCCGAGCGGCGUGCGCGCUGGGACCUGAAUGAGAAGGAGAAGCGUGAGCGUAUUACCAAGGAGAAGUAG